UCAACACUAUUCCAGAUCUUGUCCAGUGUUUUUUUGUUUCGCCGUAGCCGGAAAAAAAAAAGAAGAUCGAUCAGUUUUCAGUCGUCGUGAUUCACUGGAAGAUGAAUCCCUCUCGGAAACGACCAAUUGUCUAUGCGGUUCGAGAUUUUCCACCUGGUUGUGGAUUUCCCCCUAAUGUUCCUGUGAAGGCUUUCAAGAAUCGAAGAACAAGUGAUGUUGUUGUCAAGAACCUGAGUGUUGAUCAUGUUGUUGCAGUUUCAGAACCUAUUGGAGCUUCUCUCAAAGAAAAACAUGAUCGUGUUGUUGUUGCAGUUCCAAAACCUAAAAGAACUUGUCUCAAACCAGGACCAGCUUUUGCAGCUCCUAAACAUAAAGGAGCUUGGUCCAAUCAAGAACCACCGGAGCUUAGUAACUCUGAUCAUGAUCAUGUUCUUGCAGCUCCUUCACCUAGUGGAAUCUCUCUAAGACACUCUGAUCAUCAUGAUGAUCCUACACCACGUGAGAAAGUGCUUGACGUCUUGCGUGAUUUUAAAGAUGUUUACAUACAGUUGGAUCAAGAUAAGCAAGCUAGGCGUGGUGGAGAUUCAUUUGAUGCUACAGCAAGAAUAGACAUCAAAACUUUAACUAUCUUAGAGAAAAUGGGGAAACAAGUGAACACAGAGAAGAGAAUUGGACAAGUCCCUGGAAUCCAAGUUGGAGAUGAGUUUCAGUACAAGACCGAACUUCGUCUUAUCGGGCUUCAUUCCAGGACGAUGUGUGGGAUCGACUAUAUGAAGAUCGGAGAUGUCAAGCUUGCGACAAGCAUCGUUGCCUCAGAAGGAUAUGGUUACAAUGACAAGAUUGAUGCUGAUGUUGUGGUUUAUACAGGUGAAGGAGGAAACGUGAUAAGCAGGGGAAAGAAAACUGAAGAUCAGAGAUUGGUAAAGGGUAAUUUAGCUUUGGCUAAUAGUAUGAGGCACAAGAGUGAAGUUAGAGUGAUACGUGGGGAAGAGAGAUGGGAUCAAAAGGGGAAACGGUAUGUGUAUGAUGGAUUGUAUUUAGUUGAUAAAUAUUGGUUAGAGAAAGGAGUUAGUGGUAAGAAUGUGUACAAGUUUAAGCUUUGUAGAAUUCCUGGUCAACCUCCCCUUUGACUUGAGAACACUAUAAUCAUCAUAUAAAUGAAAUAAAUCUCUAUGACGUUGCAAUAA